UGAGGACCGACAUAAUAUUAUAGAAGAAGUAAACGGAAGUCAAGCGCCCAAAUAACAAAUUCCACGUUAGCGUUAUUGUUUAGACGUGUUACAACACCCUAGACUGAAAAAAAAACGAAUUCAACUACACCGCAUUAAAUACUUACCUCGGAUAGUGUUUAAUUCGCGUUGGAGACGGGACUUGGUUGAUAGAUGUUAUCUAGGUAACGCUAGCUAGCUGCUUAGCUAACAAUGGCUAACUGUAUGGUUUUUCACACUCAAAUAGCCUCCGUCAUGGAGGUGCUAGCGAAUGCAGCAGUGGCAGAGAUCUGUAAACUCGUAGACGACGACUAUGCAGUGUUUCGUUUGGAAAUAACUCAAAGCCAGAAAGAAAACGGGGCCUUGCGGAGGAAACUACAGCUACUGGAACUAAAGGUGGCACGGGAGCGCGCAGAGAGGACAAUACGAGAGCGCGUCCUCGCCAGUCGUCCCAGUAGUGUCAAGGUCCUCGACCGAUACAAAGGAAUGACAAGAGGUGGACAUCUCACUGGAGGCCACAGGAGCUUUGUGAAGCCAGCGGGUCACAAUACAUGGAGCGAUGACCAACCAAUCACUGUUGACGAGGGCACUCGAACCUCAAUUCAGAACAUUAUUGUGAUAGAGUCUGUAGAUGCAGAUGCUGGAGGAUCGCCUCUGGUCAAGCAGGAGAAGUCUGAAGGAGAGGAGGACCCACGGCACAACCGAGACAUCCAAACUGGAGCAGCGGCUGGAGUGCCCCCUAUAGCCACAGAGGACAACACCACCGCUCCAGCGCAGCCCAGGACCCAACGCAGCAUCACGGAGGUCAGUGGAACGCUGAACGCCGUCCUCAAGUCCGAGACAGACACAAAGACUUUAACUGUAACACGCAGGCUCUUACACACAGGAUUUGAGCACAGAUCAGACCCAGAGAGACUGGGGCUGGGGAGACUGGGCUGUCCUCCUGCUCCCAGCUCAGAGUACUUACCAGUAUUUCACCAGACCCAGAGGACGGUUCAUUCCCGUGGAGAUGGUGAAGGUGACACAUUAGACACUGGCAGUGAUGAUCUCUCUUCCUCUUACGCUACAGAGAUGGAACCUGGCAACAUAUCCUUGGGUUUAGAGACACAGACUGAUCUGUCUAGAGGGUACUGGAACCAGUACAGUAGUAGUGUAUACUCUGAAGGGUGUCUAGAUAAGAAAAGGGAGGGUCUGGUCAUAGAUGUGAAAGUGGAGGGCGAUGCUCCUCCCACAUGGAAUGCAGAUAGUCACCUAGGAGACCGACACUCACAGGGCAGAGAAUUCUUAGAUUACAGAGGAAGCUUAGAGACUAAUCCAAAUGUCGCAACCCACUCCCCUUUACACGCGUUCAGGGAUCGCGACCCAGUGUCCGCGUCGAUGGGGCUUUCUGAUUCACAGGGCCCCGUCCUUUUCGAUCAGGUCUUGAACUCAAACGACCAAAGGGCAAAGGCUCGGGGAGGUGGAGAAACAUCAGGCAAUACUAAAGAGAAACGGUUCCUCUGCAUGUUCUGUAACAAAGGCUUCAGCUGCCCCCAAAAGGUGGAGAGGCACCAGAGGAUCCACACAGGUGAGAAACCCUACAGCUGCCACCAGUGUGAGAAAAGGUUCUCCCGCCAGGACCACUUGAAGUUGCACCAGAAGGUCCACACAGGGGAGAAACCCUACAGCUGCCCCCAGUGUCACAUGCGCUUUACCCAGGCUGGCAACCUGAAGAUGCACCUGAAGGUCCACACGGGAGAGAGGCCAUUCGCCUGUACGCACUGCGGGAAGAAGUUCUCAGAGAGGAGAUACCUCAGGAUACACCAGCAGAAAAACCAUUCCACUCAAUAGCUUCUGGCAUUUAGAUCAAACCCUGCAUUAUAGACAAAGACUCAUUUACAUUGUUGUCAACAGAAAUUAUGCUUUUGGAAUAACAGAGUAACAGAUUUCAGUGUUGAAUAUUCCUGGGCAGAAUAUUGCAUCCAGACAUUGUGAUAUAAAACAUUAGGAACACCUUCUCUUUCUAUGACAUACUGACCAGGUGAAUCCAGGUGAAAGCUAUGAUCCCUUAUUGAUGUCACCUGUUAAAUCAACUUCAGUCUGUAAAUGAAGGAGAGGAAGCAGGUUAAAGAAGGAUUUUAAAGCCUUGUGACAUGGAUAGUAUGUGUGUGCCAUUUAGAGGGUGACUGGACAAGACAGACUAAAGUGCCUUUAAAUGGGGUAUGAUUGUAGGUGCCAGGCGUACUGGUUUGAGUGUGUCAAGAACCGCAAUGCUGCUGGGUGUUUUACUCAACAUUUUCCUGUGUUUAUCAAGAAUGGUCCACCACCCAAAGGACAUCCAGCCAACUUAACACAACUUUGGAAGCAUUGGAGUCAACAUGGGCCAGCAUCUCUGUGGAACGCUUUCGACAUCUUGUUGAGUCCAUGUCCUGACGAAUUAAGGCUGUUCUGAGGGCAAAGGGGGGUACAACUCAGUAUUAGGAAGGUGUUCCUUAUGUUUUGUACACUCAGUGUAUAAGGCACAUUCACACCUGAGAAAUCUGUUUCAUAUUGUGUUUGUGCUGUGUAGGAUAUAUGAUGUUCACAAAUGAACCCAAAACACUUUUAAUGAGAAAAUGAAUAGUUUAUGAAGAUCAUGCAGAUUUCUUUGAUGUGUAUGUGUGGUUUUCAUAUGGUAUAUUUAACACUUGUUUAUGUUUAGCCCCUUCCACUUGUGGAAAUUGGUCAAUAUGGAUUGAGCCAAAUUGAAAUUUCUAACAGAUUAACUAUUAAAAGCAUAUGCAUUACCAUGGUAGAAA